CGGGACCGGAAGUCCGGGAAGGAACGGGCGGAAAGGAGGCGGGGCCCGGCAUUGGAUUGAAGGCGAGGGGGCAUCUCUUCCCUUUGCCUCGCUUUGUGGGAAAUAACAGAUGGUGGGAUUUUAUACAUAUAUAUAUAUAUAUAUAUAUUUUCAGAAAUUCCAGAAUGGCUUCUACCACUGAGAUUGUUCAGAAUUAUCAAAGUAUGUUUGCUCAUCGAUACACUACAGAGGAUAAGGAAUACCAAAAAUACCUGCAGUGUUCUGCCAAUCCACCUCCUAUAGUUGAAGACUGGAUGAACAGAGACCCGAGUGUGCCGUCUGUGUCGGAGAUCCUCCAGAAUUACGAAAAUAAGUUUGCCCAUCGAUUUACUUCCCAAGAUGAGGAGUAUCAGAAGUAUGUUCAACGUCCCGCUGAUCCGCCACCCUUAGUAGAAGACUGGCGAAAUAGAUCGGGCGAUAACCAGCGAUACAGAGAUCGAUUCAGGGACAGACGGCAAUUCCGAAACAGGGGACACCGAUACGACCACUCAGGAGGCUACAGAUCCGAGCAGUGGCACGACAAAGGCUACGGCACGAACUAUCAGCAGCACCAACACGGGCAGCCGUCCUAUCAACAACAUGGCUGGCCGCAGCGCAGCUACGGGUCGUAUUUCCAGGAGCCGCGGUACGGCCGCUACUAGCACGCCAGCCUGCCUUGGCAUUUCGGCGUAAGCGAGAGCAGCCGCUGGGGUUCCCUUCGUUUUGUUGUAUUUCAAACGUUCAUUCAUCGCGUAGAAAUCUUUUGUGUGUUUAUAUGCAAAUACGUUUAAGCCCAGAAGUCAAGAGAGGGUCGUGACGCUGGAGGGGAGCAGCUAAGCGGCGGGUUUGUCACUCCGCUGGUUUUGAUCUUGACGUCUAAUUUGCGAAGAAGGAAACAGGAGCCGUCGGGAGAAUCCGACUUUGGCCUAGGGGAGCUGAUCUUCUCCGAGUCUUGACUCAUGCAGUUUUGUUACCAGUGACGAACGCCGUGAUGGAUAUCGGUAAUACGUCAUGAUGGGGGAGGGGGUGGAGGGAAAAUACUUGGUUGCAUUUGUGGGUUUUAUUUUGUUUACGCUCCGGCUUGUUCCUGUGUUUAUCUGUGUAAGGCGAUUACCCUUCCAAGUUUUAAUUUGCAAGCGAUUAAGCUAAAAUGUCACAUAAACAGGGAGAUGACUGUAAAACGUGCUGCAUUUCGAAGGGUUUCUGUUUGGUUUUUUUGCAUUAAAGCUAAAAUUCGUUAUAAUUAAA